UUCACGCUUCGUUCUGCAUUUGUUUCACGUGUCAACGCUUCUAGGGCUGUAUCCUUAGGCCACCUGGACCAUAUUACGACCAGCAUGGGGAAGUGCGGAACACAGAAGACGAGGGAGGGCAAGUUUGCUGGAAAUUGCUACACGGCGACGAGGCUGCUUGCUGACACAAACGCCGGUAUUUCGGUGACCGCGAAGAAGCUUAAGGACAUAAACAAGGCAUACCAGACUCCAUUAGAGAAUUCUGCGCUCCAAGGGAUCAGGAUAAUGGACAUUGGUGCUGUGCAAAAGGUUCACCCUGCGAAUGAAUUCACCAUACAGGCAGCCGUUCGAGAACGGUUGCGUCAUGCCCCGGCAAGGCACAAAAAUGCAGCAAGAGGGUCAACUGGCUGUGAUGAGUAGCUAUGGUGCAUUAUGAAGCUUUCAAGUGGACCUUCUUUUCAAGAGGAACUUCGUUUAAGAUUUUCGUGCAGCAUUUUUUUUAUUCACAUUACUUGAAGCGUUCAGGGCGAACUUUAAUGAAGACCUUUGUAUUGUAAUUUUUCAUUCACAUAACUUUAGGCUUUCAAGGGGAACUUCGUUGAGCUAUUUUUCAUUCACAUCACUUAAAGCAUUCAAAGUGAAUUUCAUUGAACUUUUGUACAUUCUCAUAACUUUGAAACUUUCAAGGGGAAGACGAUAGUUAUAGCGC